GGCCCUGUUGUUGAGUUUGUUAUGACAAGUCGAGGCCUCGGACUAAAUUAGGAGCGUAGCCCCCGUCUCUGUCCGGGCGAAUUCGCGAUGGAGGGCAUGGACCUGGACCUGGACCAGGAGCUCAUGCAGAAAUUCAGCUGCAUGGGCACGACGGACAAAGAUAUCCUAAUAUCGGAAUUUCAGAGGCUCCUCGGGUUCCAGCUAAACCCCGCCGGAUGCGCCUUCUUUCUGGACAUGACCAACUGGAAUUUACAAGCAGCCAUCGGAGCCUACUAUGACUUUGAGAGUCCCAACAUCAGUGCACCGUGCAUGUCCUUUGUGAAGGAUGUGACGAUUGGUGAGGGUGAAUCAGUUCCACCGGACACACCUUUCACAAAGACCUGGAGAGUACAGAACACAGGUGCAGAGUCAUGGCCUCCUGGAGUUUGUCUGAAGUAUGUUGGAGGAGAUCAGUUUGGUCAUGUAAACAUGGUGAUGGUGCGGUCUUUAGACCCUCAGGAAAUGGCUGAUGUUAGUGUGCAGAUGCAGAGCCCAGCGUCUCCCGGCAUGUACCAGGGCCAGUGGAGAAUGUGCACAGCCACCGGACUUUACUAUGGAGAUGUCAUUUGGGUGAUCCUGAGUGUGGAGGUUGGAGGCCUUCUCGGCGUCACACAGCAACUUUCCUCUUUUCAAGCCGAGUUCAACACUCAGCCACACCGCACCCUGGAAGGAGACUACAACCCCUUCGCCUCGCCAGAGAAGAGCAAGUGCCCCAACAGCAACAACAACAGCCUCCAAGAUGCCAGCAGUCACAUGGUUGCAGGGGAACAUUGGCAGGACAACCCCGACCAGCUGCAGCAAGAUCAGAAUGGACUUUCACACAACUCUGUGGAUAUAGUAGCAAACAGUCUACAAAGCAAUCUAUCAGUAGUCUCUUAUAACCAGGGUAUACAGGAGCCCUAUCCCUUUGGGCACUCUUAAAUCAUGGGACUUGUCACAGUGAAGCAGCACUAAACCUCUAGAGUCUGUCACACCAGUAAGAGAAAGAAGAGGCUUUAUCAGUAGCUGGCUGAGAGUGUGGAGAUUCAAAAACACUUUUAUGCAAAGUCCAGCUACACUUUGAGAAACCAGAGGCCAACGCUCCCGACGUGCAGCUCAACCAACAUCCCACGACCCACUGUAUGCACGUGUGAAUGCUAAGUUAAAAAUGAGUGCUAUGAGUCUUUUGAGUGAUAACUUUUUCUUUUCCAGAUUUUCUUUUUUUUUCUUUUUCUUUUUUUAGUUGUCAGAGUGCAAAUGAAACAAUGAUGACAGGAGUGUGUAUUUGUGAAAUUGUGUGUGCGUAUACGUGUGUGCAUUGUGCAACCUGAAAGAGAGACUUUGGAGGAAAAGCCAUUUAUUUUGCCAACUGAUUCUCCGGUUUCUGCUCUGACUCUUGGUUUAUCGAUCGGGUUUCCAGACCUGUUCGCUGUGACUAAAUCUGAUAUUAUGGGCAUCUCUGAAAUGAACUAUUAGAUACCAUAUUUACUUUUUAUCUUAAGUUUAAAGGUAUACUAUGCAGGAUUGUCAGUUACUGUUCGCAAACACACCCGGCAGCGAAAGUCAAAGUAAAAGCCAACCCCAGAUUCACUCUUGUUUGGCAUUUCGCCUCGCUGUAUUUGCAUUUUCUUAGCGCUGUGUCUCUUGGAUGACUGCUGCUUACAGUCUGGCACCUGGCUGGCUACGUUUUUAUAAAACCCUGACCUCACCUGUGUACGCCCAUAAACAUCCUGAACACAGAAAAUAAGAAACUACAGGCAGAGGGCAGAGUCUCUGCAGAUAAAUUUAACGCCAUACACUUCUAGUGGGUCAUAAGUCAGUCUCUCCAGGAUGUUGCAACGUUGCACUCGCAGAAAUGAACACAAAUUCAGGCAAUCCCCUUGGAUUCUGCAACUUUACUGCAAGUUUGAUUAUUUAAAACGGAAAAAAAUCGUAUUGAAUUGUAGAGCUGCGUGCAGCAUAUUAAUUCACUUAGUCCCUCCUUGCCCUUCUUUCUCUUUUUAUCAUGGGACUACUGAUGCAUCUGUGACAGUGCAACAUACACAGCAUCACACGGCUAAUGUUACCCAACAUUAAUUAAUGGGUUUAAUGACAGUCAGGCUGUGUCAUUGUCGGUGGCGUGAGAUGGUUUGAAUUGUUUAACGGCUCGGUGUCGACUGUUAAGCUGAGUUAGCUAAUGCUAACUAGGUGCAGAGAGAAGGAGGAGAGCAGGUCAUGGAGACGGUCUUUCAGCCCUGCUCAAACAGCAGAUCAUCAUCCACCCCCUCCUUCCAUUACAAAAAGAUUCUUAUUCAGUGGGAAACACUGAAUACUUAUAAUAACAGACUUGGAAUCUGAGGCAGCAUUGCGACUAUUUCUGCAAUUUUAAUUUUGCUUCGCA